AUGGGCACCUGGGUCUUUCCCAUUGCUCUCUCGCUGCUGUGCCUGACUCCUGGGAGCCUGCAAGGCGGCUACAGUCCCUCCAGUGGUCUGGGAGCAGGUGUUGGUGGGGGUAUGGAACCACCAAAGCCAGGCUUUGGAGGGGUUGUGAAACCCCAGAAGUCAGGAUAUGGACCUGGGCUGGGAGCUGGAGUCUUUCUAGGGGUGGGAGCACAGCCAGGGUUUGGAGCUGGGGCCUUCCCAGGAGUUGGAGCCCAGCCAGGUUUGGGAGCUGCUACGAAGACUCAAAAACCAGGAUUUGGCAAUGGAAACAGUCGAGGAGCUCAACCAGGCUUUGGGGGAGUUGGAAAACCCCAGAAACCAGGAUUUGGGAAUGGAAAUGGGCUGGAAGCUGGGGCCUUCCCAGGAACUGGAGCCCAGCCAGGCCUUGGAGAAGGAAUGAGACCCCAGAAGCCAGACUAUGGAGGUGUGAAGCCCCAGAAGCCAGGAUUCAGGAAUGGGAAUGGACUUGGCCUGGGAGCCCAGCCAGGUGAUGGUGGUCCUUCAGCUCACAAUGGCCACGAAGCAGGCAUCAGAGGGGGCAUGAAACCUCCAAAGCCAGGGUUUGGCAAUGGGCACGGAAUAGGAGCUGCAGCCCAGCCAGGGUUUGGGAAUGGGAAUGGACUGAGAGCCCAGCCAGGCAUGGCAGCCCAGAAUGGAUUUGGAGCAGGUUUUGGAGGGGGCAGGAAACCCCAGAAGGCAGAAUAUGGGAACGGAAAUGGACUGGACACCCUGCCAGGCAUAGGCGAGAAGUCUCAGAAGCCAGGCCCUGCUGCUCAAAAUGGCUACGGACAAGACUAUGGAACAGACAUGAAGCCCCAGAAGCCAGGAUUUCGGAAUGGGCAUGGGCUUGGAGUCCAGCUGGUUCAGAAUGGCAAUAAGCAGGGUACAGAAAUGGGCUGGGAACUAGAGUCUUCCAAGGUCAAGGAGCACAGCCAGACCCACCCCAUCCUGCUCUUCAUUUUCGGCUUUUCUUCCCCAGGCUACAACAAUGGAAAUGGAAUGUCAGCCCAGCCAGGUCCCUGCAAUGGUGGGAUUGCCCCACCUCAGCUCCUCCCCAGGCCUCCCACUCCUGCAGUCCCUUCAGACAAAGGAGGUGGCUGGGACCUGAAAUCCCAGCUCCUACCCCCAGUGCGGAAUGGGUACCAGCCUUCCAACGGCUAUGGAGCUGAAGCAGAACCUGGCUUCCAUGGCCUCAAGCUGCAGAAAGUUGGUUUCCAUUAUGGGAACGGAGCUCUGGAAGCUGGAAUUUUCCCGGAGACCCUGCAGUCAGGGUUCCCUAUAGCCAAUGGGUUUAGAAAUGGGCCCUAUGGGCAGUUGAGGCCAGAGCUAGGACUGGAACAUUUUGGGGAUCCUGAAGUGAAGACAGACACCAAGAGCCAACUGGGAAAUGGUUACAGGGCAACAAUUGCUGUGACACAUUCUACACUGGUGGGGCAUGGCCUGGAGAUUGUAGCCUCUCAGAGCACCAUCGGACCAGGAGGGGGCGCUCAGGGCGCGUUUGCACCCCGAAGGAUAGCGGGAGGCGAAGGAGGCAAAGGAGGCACCGCGGGAUACGGUGAUUGGUCGGGGUGCCACGGCGGUAAGCGCACCAGCUUGUGUUUGGCUGGAAUGCGUUGCAGGCGACUCCAAUUGGCUGGGCGGACCUCAGCGGGCUCGUGGAUCUCGCUCCGAGGCUGCGGGCAUCGAGCCCUGGGCCCUGGGGUGGCAGCGGCGGCCAAGCUGGCGGCGCGGUGGCCCCGCUCCCGCUCGCACCCGCGGCGCGACCGCGGCCGCGUGCACUCUCGGCUGAGCCGGGCCCGCUCGUCCCUGCCCCCCACCCCACCGCCUGCAUCGUCCCUGCCGCACCCUCCGCUACCCGGGCUGCCUCCGGGCUUGAGCUCAGGACCGCCGCCGCCCUCCGCUCUCGCUCUGGCCGAGCUGCCGCCGCUGCCCGCUCUCCCGCUGCGCCCGGAGCUGCUGGCGCCCUGGGGCCCCGGGGUCUACCAGGCGCUGCCGGAGCUGCCGCCCGAGGUCUGCGCACCCGCGCCGCCCGCAGCCGCGCUCGCCCUGCAGGACCUGCCGCGUCUGCCCGCGCCCGCUCCGCCGCCUGCGCACCUGCCGCUGCCGCCGCUUCCCGAGGCCGCUGUCGCUGCCACCCCUGGGCCCGUGGGCGCUCGCGGCCGGCCCCCGCUGCUCGCCGAACCUCCCCCGCAGCCGCUGCCACCGCUGCCCGCGCGGCCCUCACCCUUCACCCUGCUGGCGCCGCCGCUGCCCCGUGAGCCCUGGCCGCUCCCCGCCUUUCCUCCGCCUCUGCCGCCCUCGCCCCCGCCGCCCUACUUCUUCCUGUCGCCACCCUGCUGA